GGCCAUCAUGACACUCGUUUGAACCCCUCCGUCACUCGCUUGUUUACUUUCGAUACCCCGCCCUUAUUCCUAGGGCGACUUGCUCAAUAACUACGCAUUUCAGCGUACGAUUAUAUUUUUUUUCUCGAGUCAUUUUUUGCCGCCGCUUUGCUCGCCCGGAAUCGCUCUUCCCCGCCGGUAACGACUCCCCCGGUUCGCCGCAUCAGAGUGUCGUGACCGAAGUUUGGGAGGAUGGCACUAUCACCACCGUCAAACAGUCCUGCGCGAUGGCUGCUAAGCGCUCUUCUUGCGACGAGCAGCUUGCUCCCGGUCGCACAGGGCCAGGGGUACAAGGUUGGCACACCAGACGAAAUUCGGGAAUCUGCACGAACCCUCGCCUACGACCUGAUGCUGUUCUACAAGGGCAAUCAGUCCGGUGAAAUUCCAGGCAUCUUGCCAGGUCCGCCAACAGAGCACAAGGGCGACUACUACUGGUGGGAAGGAGGGGCCAUGAUGGGCACAUACGUCGAUUACUGGUUCCUGACCGGCGACCCGAGUUACAACCACGUCGUCACAGAGGGCAUGCUGCAUCAGGUCGGGCCCAACGCCGACUACAUGCCCCCUAACCACACGGCUUCCCUGGGCAACGACGACCAGGGAUUCUGGGGCAUGUCGGCCAUGCUCGCCGCCGAGAAUAAGUUCCCCAACCCGCCCGAGGACAAGCCGCAGUGGCUCGCGCUCGCCCAGGCCGUCUUUCACACUCAAGCAGCGCCCGACCGCCACGACGGAACGUGCAACGGCGGCCUUCGCUGGCAGGUGCCUCCGACCAACGCGGGAUACAACUAUAAGAACACCAUCGCCAACGCCUGCUUCUUCAACCUGGGCGCCCGCCUGGCCCGCUACACCGAGAACCAGACGUACGCCGACUGGGCCAGCAAGACGUUCCAGUGGCUCUGGGACGUAGGCUACAUCGACCACGAGAGCUGGAAGGUCUACGACGGCGGUCAUGUCGAGCACAACUGCACCGACAUCAACAAGGCCCAGUUCAGCUACAACGCCGCCCUGCUCCUUCACGGGUCCGCCUUCAUGUACAACUACACCAACGGCAGCGAGAUCUGGAGGGAGCGCGUCGACAAGCUGCUCGAGGGCAUCCUCCGCGACUUCUUCCCCGACGGCGUCGCCUUCGAGCUGCCCUGCGAGGGCCGCAAGGGCGCCUGCACCGCCGACAUGCUGUCCUUCAAGGGCUACGUCCACCGCUGGAUGGCGGUGGUGACCAAGCUGGUGCCCGACACGGCCGGGACCAUCCUGCCCGUGCUGCGGACCUCGGCCGAGGCGGCCGCGAGGCAGUGCACGGGCGGCGACACGGGCCGCCGCUGCGGCUUCUACUGGUCCGAGGGCGUCUUCGUCGACCCGGCCGUCGACAAGACCAGCGGCGCCGGCGAGGCCAUGAGCGUGCUCGCCGCCGUGUCCAGCUUGCUCAUCGACGAGGCGCCCCCGCCGGCCACCAACGCCACCGGCAUCAGCAGGGGCGAUCCCAACGCCGGCAGCCGCAGCCGCGGCCCUUCGGAGCCGCUCGCGCCCAUCACCACUGCCGAUCGGGCCGGCGCGGGCAUCCUGACCAUGUUGAUCCUUGGCGGUUUCAUUGGUACCUGGAGCUGGAUGAGCAUCGGUGAUUAA